UAUAACUGCACUCUAACUGCAAUAUUUUUUCGUAAGGAAGGUGGCGGCAAUGCAACAUGUAUUAGGUGCCAAACGCCGUUAAACCUCAUCGAAGAAGAAGUUGUGUUGUUUUGAUCCGUUGAAGUCGCACAAAGCCGAAAUACCGUUUGUCUGCAGUGAUGAAGACCUCCCAGGCAGUGGAGACAGAAGGCGAUAAGAUCACUUCCUGGGUGUCUGUGUGCCCCAGGGGCUUGUGGGAGGUUUGUCAGAGGAGGAAACGAGGGGCGGAGCCAACUGACCCCUCUGGAGACGUCUACCCCGGGAUUGGCUCUCUGUGUCAGGUCAGAGUUCAACGCCAAGGAGAACCUACAGCUGACCCGGAGCUGUCACUCAAACCUGACCUGCCAAUCGCAGUCCUUUCAGAUGCCCAGGUCCCAUCCCUACAGCGCUCCCAGGGUACCAUGCUGCAGGUCCCGCUUGGUGAUUGGAUCAUUCUGAGGCUGGGGGAGGGGCAGUGUGACAUCACAGAGGGGUGUGUGGAGGGGAUGAGAGCUGGAGAGAAGUGUGAGGUAAUGCUGACUCCACUAGCAGACCGACUCCGGGGAGGAGAAGAGGAGCAGAAGAGAGCAAGCCCUGACCAGUCCCUGUGUAUAACAGUAGAGCUCCAGUCCUUCUCUCCUGGCCAUGAGUCCUGGCAGCUGUCAGCUGGAGAGAAGUGGGGCUGGGUGAUGUCACACAAGCAGAGGGGGGGAGACAGGUUUAGGGCGGGGGACAUGUGGGGGGCGGCAGACAGCUACAGCCGAGCCAUCAAACUCCUCAUCACCCUAAAACUACACACCCGGGGAGAAGGGGAGGAGAUGACUCCGAUAGAGGAGGAGGAGGAGGAGGAGGAUGAGGAGACGGAGAAGAAAGAUAGCCUAGAGGCCCCUACAGAUCGUCAGUACCGUUCCACCAAGGCCUCUCUCUACUCCAACCUGUCCCUAUGUCAGCUCAAACUGGGCCAGUGGUCCCGGGCCAGAGGGUGUGCCUCCAGAUCCACGCUGCUGGAGCCCCAAGGGCUGAAGGCCUGGUACCGCCUUGGGCAGGCCAACCUGGAGGCAGGGGAGCUGGAGGAGGCCGACAGGGCCUUCAGGAAACUACAGGAGCUCCAGCCUGACUCUCCCUCCGCCCUGAGAGGACUGAGAGAGGUGGGGAGGAGAGAGCGAGAGACGAAUAGCAGACUGGGACAGAGACUCUGCAAGAUGUUCAGCUGAAGAGGGAGAGUGAGAGAGGACUGAUAGCCAACAGGGACAGGGACUGAGUCAAAUGUUCAGGCGAGAAGGAGAGGGUGACAAUUAGCAGACUAUUUUUUCAUCCACAAAUAGUCUUAGGCUGUGUUUAUAUAAGUAGCCCAAUUCUGAUAUUUUUUCCAAUAUUGGUCUUUGACCAAUCACAAGUAAAAUAAAUAUCAGAAUUGGGAUGUCUGUGUAAAUAUGGGCACUGGAUUAUGGGAUUUAAGUGUCAGUCAUUUUUUUUAUUGAACUGUUAAGACACUGGAGCUGUUCUAGAAAAUACAUUUAAGAAGUGGUAUAGAAAUUAGCUGGAAUUAUGGGUAAGACGGCUUUUCACCAACUCUGUCCUGGGGACGCCCAAGAGCCACACAUUGAGGUUUUUGCCCUAGCACUACUAAUUCAAAUAAUCAAAGUUUGACGAUGAGUUAGUUAUCUGAAUCAGCUGUGUAGUGUCAGGGCACCCCAGUUAGAAACGCUGGGGCAGGAUUAGGCUUCUAAAGGGAGGGUACAAACAAACAAUAGCCAAUGAUACGGGGAAAAAAGACAUCUUAGGAGGAGAUAUCUAUGUGUAUCUAUCUACACACACACACGUACCGUUGAAGUCAGAAGUUUAUAUACACCUUAGCCAAAUACAUUUAAACUCAGUUUUUCACGAUUCCUGACAUUUAAUCCUAGUAAACAGUACCUGUCUUAGAUCAGUUAGGAUGAUCACUUUAUUUUAAGAAUGUGAAAUGUCACAAUAAUAGUAGAGAGAAUGAUUUAUUUCAGCUUUUAUUUCUUUCAUCACAUUCUCAGUGGGCCAAAAAUGUACAUACACUCAAUUAGUAUUUGGUAGCAUUGCCUUUCAAUUGUUUAACUUGGGUCAAACGUUUUGGGGUAGCCCGUUUCGGGCCCAUUCCUCCUGACAGAGCUGGUGUAACUGAGUCAGGUUUGUAGGCCUCCUUGCUCACACACGCUUUUUCAGGUCUGCCCACAAAUUUUCUAUAGGACUGAGGACAGGGCUUUGUGAUGGCCACUCAAAUACCUUGACUUUGUUGUCCUUAAGCCAUUUUGCCUCAACUUUGGAAGUAUGCUUGGGGUUAUUGUCCAUUUGGAAGACAGAUGAACGUGGUACCUUCAGGCGUUUGGAACCAGACUUGUGGAGGUUUACACAUUUUCUUCUGAGGUCUUGGCUGAUUUCUUUAGAUUUUCCCAUGAUGUCAAGCAAAGAGGCACAGAAGUGGGCCUUGAAAUACAUCCACAUGUACACCUCCAAUUGACUCCAAAUGAUGUCAAUUAGCCUAUCAGAAGCUUCUACAGCCAUGACAUUUUGGGGAAUUUUCCAAGCUGUUUAAAGGCACAGUCAACUUAGUGAAUGUAAACUUCUGACCCACUGGAAUUGUGAUACAGUGAAAUAAUCUGUCUGUAAACAAUUGUUGGAAAAGUUACUUGUGUCUUGCGCAAAGUAGAUGUCCUAACCAACUUGCCAAAACUAUAGUUUGUUAAAAAGACAUUUGUGGAGUGGUUGAAAAAUGAGUUUUAAUGACUCCAACCUAAGUGUAUGUAAACUUCUGACUUCAACUGUUCAUACACACACACACACUACCGGUCAAAACGCCUACUUUAGAACGCCUACUCAUUAAAUGUUUUUUCUUUAUUUGACUAUUUUUCUACAUUGUAUAAUUAAUAGUGAAGACAUCAAAGCUAUGAAAUAACUCAUGGAAUAAUAGUCUAAUAAAGUGUUAAACAAAUCAACAUGUAUGAACUAUUUCAAAUUACUAUUAACCAAACUAGACGGGACAAUUUAAUUGUUUUAUUUUAUUGACUGAUAGCCAGCCUCCCAACACUCAGACAUAAUUUACAAAAUAAGCAUCUGUUUAGUGAGUCCUCCAGGUCAGAGGCCGUAGGGAUGACCAGGGAUGUUCUCUGUUUAGUGAGUCCUCCAGAUCAGAGGCAGUAGGGAUGACCAGGGAUGUUCUCUGUUUAGUGAGUCCUCCAGGUCAGAGGCAGUAGGGAUGACCGGGGAUGUUCUCUGUUUAGUGAGUCCUCCAGGUCAGAGGCCGUAGGGAUGACCAGGGAUGUUCUCUGUUUAGUGAGUCCUCCAGGUCAGAGGCAGUAGGGAUGACCAGGGAUGUUCUCUGUUUAGUGAGUCCUCCAGAUCAGAGGCAGUAGGGAUGACCAGGGAUGUUCUCUGUUUAGUGAGUCCUCCAGGUCAGAGGCAGUAAGGAUGACCGGGGAUGUUCUCUGUUUAGUGAGUCCUCCAGGUCAGAGGCAGUAGGGAUGACCGGGGAUGUUCUCUGUUUAGUGAGUCCUCCAGAUCAGAGGCAGUAGGGAUGACCAGGGAUGUUCUCUGUUUAGUGAGUCCUCCAGAUCAGAGGCAGUAGGGAUGACCAGGGAUGUUCUCUGAUUAGUGAGUCCUCCAGAUCAGAGGCAGUAGGGAUGACCAGGGAUGUUCUCUGUUUAGUGAGUCUGCCAGGUCAGAGGCAGUAGGGAUGACCAGGGAUGUUCUCUGUUUAGUGAGUCCUCCAGAUCAGAGGCAGUAGGGAUGACCAGGGAUGUUCUCUGAUUAGUGAGUCCUCCAGAUCAGAGGCAGUAGGGAUGACCAGGGAUGUUCUCUGUUUAGUGAGUCUGCCAGGUCAGAGGCAGUAAGGAUGACCGGGGAUGUUCUCUGUUUAGUGAGUCUGCCAGGUCAGAGGCAGUAGGGAUGACCAGGGAUGUUCUCUUGAUAAGUGUGUGAAUUGGAACAUUUUCCUGUCAAAAUGUACUGUACUUUUGGGUGUCAGGGAAAAUGUAUGGAGUAAAAAGUACAUUUUCAUUAGGAAUGUAGUGAAGUAAAAGUUGUCAAAAAAUGUAAAUAGUGUAGUAGUAUAGAUACACCAAAUUACUUAAGUAGUACUUUUAAAGUAUUUUACACCACUGUCCAUAUGUGUUAUUUCAUAGUUUAUCUUCACUAUUAUUCACUAUUUUUUCCUAAAUCUACACACAAUAUCCCCUAAUGACAAAUUUGCAAAUAAAACCCGUAUUCAGA